UAUUUCACGUGGCGUCACUUGGAGCCUUUUUAACCCUUGGAUCGGAAAACAGGGCUUGCCCGUCCCAUAUCAGGAAAAAACCAAGAGUAGAUGUACAGUACCAGUUUGGAAGUAAGACUACAGUAGUGUACCUACAACAGUCCUCACGAAGUCAGGGCCCAGGCUAGGCUUUGUCCUGUGACCCCUCACCACUUCAGCGGUAGCCCUUCUGUUCGUCAGUAGUACGUGAGAAGUCCUGAAGAAGUGCUGGUCACCCACCUGGUUGUGAAGUAGCAGCCUAUACAGUGUACAUUGCAACUAAACCUUCUCAUGUGGUCUGAAUUCUGGCUAUGCAGGAAGUGGAAACUACCCUAAAAGAAGACUGCUCAUUCUACCAGAAUGAAGUUACGUGCUCUGAGGUGCAUACGUCUUUUCAGAAUUACCAAGCUUUUUUUCCUCAUUUUAUUUUUUGGACUGGCUGUUUUACUCAGCUUGAAUUUCUAUAAAACUGUCAAACUGAGAAAGGAUACAUUUGUAGUUGGAUCAAAUUGGAGCAGUCAUUUUACUCAGAAACUUCAGCAGCCCGAUUUCAAGUAUAAAAUAAAUUGUAAUUUGGUCUAUGAACUUGACCCAGUGUCUAUUGGUAAGACAUUAGAAAUAAAAAAACAGAACAUUGUUGAUUUGAAAGAUGAAGAAGUGAAAUCCCUAACAGCCGACUGUGAUGCAUACCGUGCAAGAAAUCAUGGAAAGUAUUCUGCAGUGGAAGAAAAUGAUUUUCCCAUAGCAUACUCUGUAGUGGUUCAUAAAGAUGCUGCCAUGGUAGAAAGACUUUUAAGUAUUGUUUAUAUGCCUCAGAAUAUAUAUUGCAUCCAUUAUGACAAAAAAUCCUCUCCUGCCUUUCAAACAGCUAUGCAGAAUUUGGCUACCUGUUUCCCUAAUGUUUUUAUUGCAUCUAAGUUAGAAUUUGUUGAAUAUGGCCACAUUUCCAGGCUUCGGGCAGAUCUCAAUUGUCUCUCUGAUCUUCUGAAAUCUUCUGUUCCAUGGAAAUAUGUUAUCAAUCUCUGUGGCCAGGAUUUUCCUUUAAAACCCAACUUUGAAUUAAUUUCAGAGUUAAAACGUUUAGAUGGAGCCAACAUGCUGGAAACAGGUAGACCAAGUGACCUUAAGAAACAGCGAUUUAUUUUCCAUCAUGAACUUCAGGAUGUGCAUUAUGAAUAUAGAAAGAUUCCUGUAAAGACCACUGCUUCAAAGGCAACUCCCCCUUCUGGAAUUGAAGUGUUUGUGGGCAGUGCUUAUUUUGUCCUGAGCCAUUCAUUUGUUCAGUAUACUUUUGACAGUCAAGUAACAAAUGAACUUCUAGCUUGGUUAGAAGAUACCUAUUCCCCUGAUGAAACCUUCUGGGCAACAAUGGUGCGUUUGCCAGGAAUUCCAGGAGGGGUUCCAAGAGAUGCACCAGAUAUCACAGACCUGCAGAGUAAAACUCGACUUGUAAAAUGGGACUAUCUAGAGGGAACAUAUUACCCACCCUGCACUGGGACUCAUCAGCGUAGUGUGUGCAUCUAUGGAGCGGCAGAACUAAGAUGGCUUUUAAACUCCGAACACUGGUUUGCUAACAAGUUUGACUUCCGAGUAGAUCCUGUUAUAAUAAAAUGUUUAGAAGAAAAAAUUAAUGAAAAGCAAAGGAAAUUGGUGAUGAUGUCUUCCAAAUUAUGAUUACAUGCAGCAUUUCUCUAUAAUUGUGGCAGUCUUUCAGAAAAAUCCUGUGUUUUCAAGGUACUAGCUUAAUUGUUUUUCACCACGAGGGAGUGUCUUGACAGAGGCAGAAAAGAAUGGGUGCUUCCUUAUUGGUGUACAGCAGUACAUAAUGGCUGCUACAUAUGAUGUGGACUUGUGAAUAACCAUAUUUAGUUCACUAACUGUAAGAAGGAAUUAAGGUCUCUGAAAUCAUGCCCGGGGAGAUUACGGUUACCUGCUAUCAUAUGCUGAAAUGAUAUGUGGUACUGAACACGGGCCAAUUCAGUCUUAAUGAUAAGGGAUUGAACUGUUUGUUCUUGGGUACUAUGGUGGGUACAUUAGCACAGUCACAGUCAUUUUUCUAUGUUACGAUUGUAAAAGGAAGAAAAAUGCUAUACAUUUAUAGAAAUCUAUGCUGCAGGGUGUUUGGGGCUUCAUCCUAUGGGCCAUUGUCCUGGGUUACAGUUUAAAGGAGCACUAGUAACUUGCCUUAAGUAGUAUAUACCACUAUUUAAUGUAACUAAGAUUUUUUUAUUAUCUGUAAUGAUACAGUAAUGUGAAUUGUACAUGAAAUAGAGAAUGUAUGCAAAAAUAAUGAAGUAUUAGGUGAUGCAUUUUCACUUGAGCUUUCUAAAAGAAAGAACCUGUUUAUUUCAAAACAAACAGAAUAAUUAAAUGGCACUCUUAAUAUUUUAAUGUUUUAUUUGCACAUUUGGAAAGUAGGAAAAUGUGCUGGGACAGUCUUGUCCCUUUUGCAUAGGAACUUCAAACUAUAAGCAGUUAGACUGAAGAGAAUAGCAACUGGGUGCAACACCGUGUGAGUAUUGAGUAUUAAGUCCCAAGAAUCAUUGUGCAGCUAGUGUAGACAAAUCCAUAUGGUGUGUGUUGAGGUGCAUCCAACUCUUAUAGUAUAAAUUGCCUCUGCCAUCAACAAAGUUUACUAGGUAAGUAGGGUGUCACAGACAAAUACUUAAUCUUAAAUGGUUUAAACCAUUACGUUACUGUCUGCCAAAGCAGAACUCUCCAGUUCCUUCUGAGAUCUAGACACA